AUGGCCCUGCCAAGAUUGCGUGCUAAUGCAAGUAAUGAAGAAAGAAUGGUCCAUCCAAAUCGUAUGAUUUAUCAAAAAAUGGAACAUUUGGUGCAAACAAUGUUGGAUCCUGAAAAUGGUGUACCUAUCAAAACUGUUAAAAGUUUUCUCACAAAGAUUCCUUCCGUAUUUACUGGUCAAGAUCUUAUUGCAUGGAUUAUGAGAAAUAUGAAUAUGACUGAUCUCGCUGACGCGCUUCAUUUAGCUCAUUUAAUUGCAUCUCAUGGUUAUUUAUUUCAAAUUGAUGAUCACGUUUUAACUGUAAAAAAUGAUGGCACUUUUUAUCGAUUCCAAACUCCCUACUUUUGGCCUUCAAAUUGCUGGGAACCAGAAAACACUGAUUAUGCAGUAUAUUUAUGUAAACGAACUAUGCAGAAUAAAGCGCAUUUGGAAUUAGAAGAUUUUGAAGCGGAAAAUUUGGCAAAGUUACAGAAAAUGUUCAGCAGAAAGUGGGAAUUUAUCUUUAUGCAAGCGGAAGCACAAUAUAAAGUUGAUAAAAAGCGAGACCGGCAAGAGCGACAAAUUUUGGAUAGCCAAGAACGUGCUUUUUGGGACGUUCAUAGGCCUGUUCCAGGCUGUGUAAACACUACUGAAGUUGAUUUCCGAAAGUUGUCAAGAUCAGGACGUCCAAAAUACAGUUCAUCUACUCAUGCUGCUGUAGCUUCAUGUUCAAAUAUUCCUCUGCCAUAUUCAACUUCUGCUGCAGCUGCUCAUGCAGCUGCACAAAUGCCUUCUUGCUCAGAUUCUGGUUUAAACGGCACUGCAAAUACUUCAUCGGCUACUCGACAAGCACCGCAACCUGUUUCACAGCCAAGAUCAACUCCACAUUACAGUCAAAGACCAGGUGUGCGACGAUGUACACGAGUUCAGGACACCUUAAAGCAAGAAAUCGCCACUUUAGAAGCACGGCUGACAAAAAAUGUUUUGAAAACGUCGAAAGUCAUAGAAAAUUAUUUGCAAUAUUUUGAUCAUCGUCGUGUUUUUGAUCCAUUUCUUGCUCAACCUGGCACUACAGCUGAUCCUUUCCAGAGCAAUUCUAAUCCUUGGAUUUCGGACACAGUUGAUUAUUGGCAACAUGAUAAGAUUACCGGUGAUAUAUCAAUGCGUCGUUUGAAAUUAUGGGAAGAAAGUUUUGAAGAAUUAUUAUGUGAUCAAAUGGGUAGAGAAACUUUGGAAAAAUUUUUGGAUAAAGAAUAUUCUGGAGAAAAUUUGCGCUUCUGGUGCAAGGUUCAAAAAUUGCGUAAAUGUGCAUGUCGUAUGGUGCCUGUAUUGGUAACAGAGAUAUACAAUGAAUUCAUCGAUAAAAAUGCAAUAUCACCAGUCAAUAUUGACUGUAAAGAUCACAUCUUUUGUUUGAUGAAAAAUGAUAGCUAUCAGCGUUUUUUGCGUUCUGAGAAUUAUCGCGAAUUGCUCAGCCAGUCAAAAAAAAAGGUUGGUGUUAUCGCAAUAUUGUUUGGUCUCCAAUAGUG